UAAAUAUAUUUUAAGCAGCCAACGUGACGUUAUUUGAAUGUAGCCUACUUUUGCCCACAUUAUUGUUUGCCAGGAAAACAACAACUAAAUCAGCGCCUCAAAUCCUGCUUAAGUUAACCAUAAACCACUAACACUUAGAAACUGGGAGGAUCUUGCAAAAGUCGUCGUUCAGUCCUUCCAUCAAACACAUGACCAGCCAGGCCUGAAAGCAACACAGAUCCGCUGCGUUUGCCAUCAUGAUCCAAACUCGGACUUUUUUACUUUUUACUUUUGUUUUCCUUGCCUGCUGUUUUGUAAUAGUUUUUGGUCAGACGACAAGUCCAGAAACAAACUGCACUAUAAAAUCCAACACAACUUGUGAAGAAUGUCUGGAGAUUGUUUCGUGUUUGUGGUGCAUCUCAAGCCAGAAAUGCAUCGACUAUCCGGUGAAGAGCAUUCUGCCCUCUCACAGUGUUUGUCCGCUCUCAGAAGCACGAUGGGGAGUGUGCUGGAUGAAUUUCCAGACUCUCAUCAUUACCAUCUCUGUGAUCGCGGGGGUGAUCAUCAUCGCCAUAUUUGUCUGCUGCUUCCGCUGCUGUAAAUGUGAAAACAUCGGGUCUAAAAGGAGUGAUGAGCGAAUGGAGAGACAAGCUCAUCUGAGAAAGUUUCGCCAAGAGGAGAGGAAAGCAGAGAUGAGGCAGAGACAUGAAGAAAUGCGAUUGAAAUAUGGUUUGCAAAAGGAUAACCCGUACUCUAGAUUUGAGAACAGCUAAGAAGCUUGUGAUGAUGCUCCACUGUUGUCUUUUCUUUUACCUCACACCUAUUGUAAAAAUGAACACAUUUCCAGCACUCCAUUUUUCUUUUGAGUUUGAAAGAUACUGAAUAUACCAGUUAGAAGCUGACCACACAAACAUGCAUUGCCUAAUUUACUCACAGCUGGAUUUUCAAUGAAUCUUCAAGCAAACCACAUUUAGACAUUGUAUUUAUGAAGCCUUGUACACUGAUGACAUGCAAAUCUAAAUAAGCUUCAACCAAAUUAAGCAAGACAUGUUGAGUCUGCAUUGGACUUUGCCUGUUUUUGGUUGGUUGGCAGUACAUGAAAUUCAUUUUUUAUUUAGCCUCAGCAAAUUUGAGCUGUGUAGCUGUUUUACUCAGAAUAAACUAGGACUUGUCUUGCAUAAAUAUAAAAAAUGUGCUAUAAUACAGUGUGCUUUAUAGAUUAAUAUCCUACACUUUUCAGAUUGACAAAUUGAUUUUGCUAGUUUGUUGGCAUUUCAAUGUAAUUUGUCUAUGUGCUGCAUUUGUUUUGAUCACUAGCUUAUUGUAAUUACCAAAGGGUUGAUCUGAGCUAUUGACAAAAGUCAAAUAAACUGUGAGAACGAUAUCAAUAAAAGUGAAUAUUGUACAUUUG